GUCACCGCUGAGGCCAUCACGCCCAUUCAGUCAAAGCGAGAGAAGCCGAAACGCUAAUUCAAAUUCCCCGGACUGGCGGAGACUGGUGGCUGCCGUGCUGAGUUGGAGCUUCGAACUAGCAAUUAAAGCCCGCUCGCUCAACUUGCGCGACAACUUGAGCACAUUUCGGACACGGUUUCCUCGCUUUGGCGGUCAAGUUGAAGCAGUUUAGGUCACCCACUGUCUCCCCCCCAGAACUCCACCAUGUCUUCUGAGCCCAUGCCUGUCCAGGGGUCUGGACCUAAGACCCCACCACUGACCUCUACUGGAUCUCCAGAGUCUCUGCAGCCUCCAGUCUCCAGACACCGAGACCGCUCCCCGUCCCCCAUGAGAGGGUACCUCAUCCCCAGCCCCCUGCCCACCCGCAGGAACAGGACCUGCUCAGCGACGGCUCGGGCGGCAGAGGGUCCCACGUUCACUGGAGUGUGUAAGUGCUUCUCUCGCUCCAAAGGCCACGGCUUCAUCACGCCAUCGGAGGGUGGCAGCGACAUCUUUGUUCACAUCUCAGACAUCGAGGGCGAGUACGUGCCUGUGGAGGGCGACAAGGUGAGCUACAAGGUCUGUUCAAUCCCGCCCAAACACCAGAAGGUGCAGGCCGUGGAAGUCACCAUCACCAACCUGAAGCCUGGGAGCACACACGAGACCUGGGCGGGGCAGGUGGUCAGCAGCUGAGCGCGGCACGCCCCGACGCUUCCCUCCCGCCUGAAGUGGCUCACCACAGUUUGGAAAAGGCCAGUUUGAAUAGUCGUGGUGCUUUAUCAUAGGAAAACUUGUAACAUCUGUGCCUGAGCUUCUCUCUCGAUGCAGUUAGCUACGAUCAACUCGCAUCAGAGUCUGCCGUGACAAGGUCAGCGAACAGACUCGCGUCACAGAUCCCACUGACUGACAUCAACGUGUUUGUGAUUUGAAGCUGAAUAAAGUUUUCAACUGGAGCAUCAACGUUUUCAUUAA